CUAUUUUCUAUUCAUUUCCUUACGUAACAUACUUUCACACGAUCAAUUUGGAUAUCCAAAGAGUUAGUCAAAAACGCAGUUCUCGUCAUCGAAAGAGGUUUCAAGUUUACCUCUCACUUAAAUUAUGGCUAACAUUUUGAAGCUCUCACUGGAAUUGGCUGGAAAGGUGUCCUCUCCUUUGCUUAAUGCAAGGCCAGCUGUGAUUGGCAACCGUAAUUUCCACUUCACCAUUGAUGGACGCAAGGAUUCUAAUGUUGGAACAAGCCAGAUUUCCCGAGACUAUCCAGUUGUUGAUCACACCUAUGAUGCAGUUGUUGUUGGUGCUGGUGGUGCUGGACUUCGUGCAGCUUUUGGUUUGGUUGAAAAAGGAUUCAAAACAGCUGUGAUCACAAAGCUGUUUCCCACUCGAUCACACACUGUUGCUGCCCAAGGUGGAAUUAAUGCAGCUCUGGGAAAUAUGGAAAAAGAUGACUGGAAGUGGCACAUGUAUGACACUGUUAAAGGCUCAGAUUGGCUUGGAGAUCAAGACGCUAUCCAUUACAUGACCAAAGAAGCUCCUCAUGCAGUUAUUGAGUUGGAGAACUAUGGUAUGCCUUUUAGCCGCACCCAAGACGGCAAAAUCUACCAGAGGGCUUUUGGUGGACAGUCCUACAAUUAUGGCAAAGGUGGACAAGCUCACAGAUGUUGCUGCGUUGCUGAUCGUACUGGCCAUUCUCUUCUUCACACCUUGUACGGCCAGUCUCUUCGCUACGAUUGCAAUUACUUCGUCGAAUACUUUGCUUUGGAUCUGUUGAUGGAGGAAGGCGAAUGCCGUGGCGUGAUCGCUCUUUGUUUGGAGGACGGAUCCAUCCAUCGUUUCAGAUCCAAGAACACUGUUCUCGCUACCGGUGGUUAUGGUCGAACCUUCUUUUCGUGUACUUCUGCUCACACUUGCACUGGUGACGGUAACGCAAUGGUGUCUCGUGCUGGACUUCCUCUUCAAGAUUUGGAGUUCGUUCAGUUCCAUCCUACUGGAAUUUACGGAGCUGGAUGUCUCAUUACCGAGGGUUGCCGUGGAGAAGGUGGUUACCUUAUCAACAGCGAAGGCGAACGAUUUAUGGAAAGAUACGCUCCAGUGGCUAAGGAUUUGGCCUCACGUGACGUCGUUUCUCGUGCUAUGACUAUUGAAAUUCGUGAAGGACGCGGUUGUGGCCCCGAGAAGGAUCAUGUAUACCUUCAGCUUCAUCAUCUUCCUCCACAACAGUUGGCUGAACGCCUUCCUGGUAUUUCUGAAACGGCCAUGAUUUUUGCCGGCGUUGACGUCACUCGUGAGCCGAUCCCGGUGUUGCCUACCGUCCAUUACAACAUGGGUGGCGUUCCCACGAACUUCAAGGGCCAGGUUAUUACGCUCAAAGAUGGAGCUGAUGUUAUUGUACCUGGUUUGUACGCUGCUGGAGAAGCUGCCUGCGCAUCCGUGCACGGUGCUAACCGCCUGGGUGCUAAUUCUUUGCUCGAUUUGGUCGUUUUCGGCCGAGCAUGUGCCCUAACUAUUGCCGAAGAGAACAAGCCAUCCGAAACUAUCGGAAAAUUGAGUCCGAACGCUGGCGAAAGUUCCGUGGCAAACUUGGACAAGCUUCGUUUUGCCAAUGGUAGUGUCACCACGGCCGAACUUCGUGGCAAGCUGCAGAAAACUAUGCAGAAUCACGCAGCCGUCUUCCGAACUGGAGACGUUUUGGAAGAGGGAUGUAAGAAGAUGUCUGAUCUUUGGCCAUCAUUGCACGACAUCAAGGUGGCCGAUCGCGGCCUAGUCUGGAAUUCUGAUUUGGUUGAGACCCUUGAGCUCCAGAACCUCAUGUUGAACGGCAUUCAGACCAUCUACAGUGCCGAAGCUAGGAAAGAAUCCCGCGGUGCCCAUGCCCGCGAAGACUUCAAAGACCGUAUCGAUGAGUACGACUUCAAGAAGCCGAUGGGAGGUCAACAGAAGCAACCUCUAGAGCAGCACUGGCGCAAGCACACACUCUCCUGGUGUGAUCAGGAGAAAGGGGAUGUCACUCUGCAAUACCGCCCCGUCAUUGAUGAAACAUUAGACGAGAAAGAGUGUGCGUCGGUUCCCCCCGCAUUGCGCGUGUAUUAAAAAUACAACUUUUAAAUUCCUGUAUCUAUCGCCGUGUUCCGAUUGUAGCCACUGAAAAUAGACUAAUACAUUUUACUGAGGUGUUCUCGACAAA